UUAAGCAGAGUUAAAUAGCGGGGAAACUAGCUUCAGAACUUCGGAUAGCUCCCGUGACAGACACUCGGUGGAAUUCCAUUAAAGCGCAUAUUUAAAAUUAUGUUACAACGGAACGGCUCGCAGCUCGUGUUGGUGAUAGCCCUGUGCAGUGCGUUUUACUCCAGAUCAGUGGGUCUGCCGGCGAUCGGAACACAUUCGACAGCAAGGCCCACAAGACACGCAGAUGGUCUUUUUACAAGCGGAUACAGUAAGCUUCUCGGGCAGAUUUCCGCCAGACGGUACCUGGAAUCUUUGGUCGGAAAGCGAGUCAGUAAUGACGUCACGGAGGACCAGGGGCCAGCGAAGCGGCACUCUGAUGCGAUUUUCACCGACAACUACAGCCGCUUCCGCAAGCAGAUGGCCGUGAAGAAAUACCUCAGCUCCAUGCUGACGGGAGGCAAGAGGAGUGCAGAAGACCCUCCAAUCACACCGGAGGAAAGCAGGAAGGCGGAGCCAACAUUACAGGAGACCUACGAUGACAUCACAGUGGAUGAGCUAAUCAAACACCUCCCAUUGAUGCUCUGAAGAUGACCCACUGGACUGAGACUCUUUCACCAUGACUGGUUCCCCGUGACACAGCACUGCAGCGUAACACAUGAUCAUCAGUGAAAGCAGACGUGUGUAAAGCCUGC